AGACUUUUCAAAAAUAAUAAACCUGCCCCGCGUAACGUCAUUUUAAAGCCCGCACCGAUAGUUUGUGAGUCGUCGGUUACGCUGCUGUUUUUAGAUUGUUUCUAACGUUUUCCUGCAAUUCCGGCAGAUUUCCCGGAUUUUCUAACAGAAUGAGUAAACUAGAGGACCUCACCAAUGAUCAGCUCCAGAAGAAGCUGCAGGAGUACGGUUUGGCAAAUAUGCCAGUGACUCAGACAACUCGCGCUGUUCUAAUAAAAAGGCUGAAGAAAAAAAUGGAAGAAACAGAUUCUAAGGUACGUCGUGAAACCGUUCAUGUGGUGAAAUAUUCCUCCGACGAGGAUAGCGAAAUGACGGAAGCCGGCACUGAGAAAAAAGCUCAGAAAAAAGAGCCAAACCGACGGGCAACAAUCGGUGUAUCGGCAGCAAAGCUGGCCAAGACUCUGCCUGUUAUGCCCCAGUUGCCACCACCGAAACCCGUGGUCGAUGAAACACCAAUUGAACCUUCACAGAAGCGUCGCUCCGGAAGAAUAACGCCAAUUCAGCAAAAUAACAAAGAUACCGCGGCGGCUAUCCCGAAAGAACCAAUGAUUGUCGAGAAUUCCGAUGACGACGAAGAUCUGCCCUUGACUCAGCUGAGCAGACGUGACCGCAGUUCAAAAAGCCCUUCCCUAAGCCGGGGUGAAACAGUUACCACAUCCUACGUUCAUCAAGUUGAAAUUGCUUUGAAACCUCCGAUUCCUGAAGUAAUGGAAAUCGAUUUAACGGAGUCGGUCGAUGAUGUACAGGAGGAGGAAAUGCCGGAACCGGAGCCGUACGUGCGUCCUGUGCUGACACCUUCUCGCGAAACCCGUUUCAUUGGUGGUAAUGCCACAACGACCAGUAAAAGAACCACAAUCGCCGGAACGCCAGGACUCUCCCUGAAUCGUCCACUACCAGAAUUAUCAACCUCGUUCGGGCGCCCUUCGAUGGCUACGUCAUACAAUUACAAUUCAACCGUUCGUGAGGAACGUAAGCUUGAUCCUACCGAUUCCCCGUAUUUGAGUGAAUUCACCAAGCGUUUGUCCCGGUUGAAAGCCGAAACCGCACAGGUUAAUGCAUCUCGUGAACAGCCCAUGCGACGCACCAUUGCACCAAGUUAUGUGUCUGCAGCGCGUAGCGAUGGUUCCAGCGAUUACGCUCGACUGUCCACGAUACGCGGGCGGUAUGACGCUAAGAGCGCCAGCGGCAAGGGAGGCGAAAUACGAGCAUCACUACGACAGGUCAUUUUGUCUCUCGACCAGAAAUAUCCAAUCAAGCGAAUCUUCUACCUGCUGGUGGUGGCAAUGAUUGUCAUAUUUUUGUUUGUGUUUUUCUUUCUGUAGGGCGAUCGAUGAGAGACCGCGAAUGCCGAGAAACAAUACCUAUGUGGCAUUUACUCGCGUGAUCAUAUUGUAAUAUGAUAUUGUUUGCUUAUUGUUCUUAUACCUGCUACUCUCUCGAAUAAAAAAUGUAAUCCAUUUUCAAACCAGAAUAA